UGAUUAACUGGCCUUAACUCUUUCUCGAUGCUCUGAUUGGCUGCCAAAUUCUGACCUGUGGCCCCGUUACUCGGCUGUUGGAAUGUGAAACAGCAUAAAAGUAGCUAGAAAGCAAGGUUUCACUUAUCUGGCUGUGCUCCUGUGGUAGGAAGCAGUGUAUGAUUGUAGUCGCUGAAGAUUUCCACAUGGGCUUAUGGACAAUGGGCCUUGGGGCUCUGGGAGCCGCUAUCACCAGCGUGUUACUGGCAAACACCGAUUUACUGCUGCCCAAGACCGAUACUGUCUCAGUAACAUAUUUGUCAGGUGCCCAGCUGAGAACCCUGGACCAAGAGGGAAGGGCAUUUGAGGCAGAAGAGCUGUGGAGCAGCAAUGGAGCGGUGAUCAUGGCAGUGAGGAGACCGGGAUGAUUUUUGUGCCGAGAGGAGGCCACAGAGAUCUCCUCUCUGAAACCCCAGCUUGAUGAGUUAGGGGUCCCUCUUUAUGGGGUCAUCAAAGAAAAUAUCAAUAAUGAAUUAAAAGAUUUUCAACCCUUUUUCAAAGGAGAGAUCUUUCUUGAUGUUGAGACACGCUUUUACGGACCAACAAAACGUUCCAUGGGUCUGCUGGGCCUCUUGCGUCUGGGUGUUUGGAGGAAUUUUUUACGAGCCUGGAGGAAAGGAUUCCGUGGGAACACAGAUGGAGAAGGAUUCGUCCUGGGAGGAGUGUUUGUUUUGGGAGCUGGAGAGCAGGGUGUUCUUCUGGAGCAUCGAGAGAAGGAGUUUGGUGAUGCCGUUGAUAUCAGCUCUGUCCUUGAAGCCGCCAGAAAGAUCAAGCCUCUGAGAAAUGCAGAGAAUUAAACCAUUAGCAACUGAAAAUGUCAAAAACAGUCGUGCAAAGAGGAGACUCGGCUUCAGUAAUCAGAAUAUCCUGUGAGGCGUUUGGGUACUAAACACAGAAAAUACUGGAAAUACUCAGCAGGUCUGGCAGCAUCUGUGGAGAGAGAAACCGAGUUAACGUUUCAGGUCAUGACCUUUCAUCAGAUCCAGGUCUCUGGAUCUUGAGUCCUUGAAUCCACAGUUAAGGUGUUUUUGAAGGGUGGGGGGAAUGCAGGGACUUAAGAGACAAACUGUUCAUUUCCAUUUUUCUCCUAUUCUCACUGUACUAAGUUGCAGCAACGACAGUGUGUUACUGCUGAAAUUGGCCAUGUCUUCGGAUAAGAACAACUCCAUUUCAGAGCAGCAACUGAAGCUGGCACUAAUUGAUUAACGUACUACCGAAUCAUGUGCCAGUGCCUCUCCAUCGUCAUCUGCCCCGCCUCCCUCCACCUCACCACCAGCCCCUAGAACUCUACCCUCAGAAAUUUGCUGCCUGCCACCCACUCUUUUCUCACUGAGGUUCAUGUGGGUAACUGGCUUGCAAUGUAUUAAUGAAGGCCUGAUUCUAAAGCCACUGGUUCAGGCUUGAUAUUUACAGACCAAGUCACGAGCUGGAGCACUGAAGUAAAAAUAGAAACUUCUGUAAUCUGAAUCUAAACUCAAUAAAUGGAAUGUGAGACUA